ACCGUUAUUUCUGAAUUUUCUCUCUCUCUCUCCCACCCCCACCCCACCCCCCCUCACCCUCUUUUACCUGCAUGCCCCUGUCGGUCAUCUGAACCCGGACCACGGGGUGACAGAAGAGGAGGGUAAAAAAAAAGUGCCUCGCCGUAUCUGUGGAAAUACAUUUCGUGCCGGGUUAUCGGUGGCGCGCUGUCAGUGCGUGCCUCUGCGAAUUCGGUUGACGGUGGAUUUUGCAAACAUGGAGACCGUGGAGAAGGAGUGCGGGGCGCUGGGGGGGCUGUUCCAGGCCAUUGUCAACGACAUGAAGUGCUCCUAUCCUGUGUGGGAGGACUUCAGCGCCAAAGCCACCAAACUUCACUCCCAGCUCAGAACCACUGUGUUGGCUGCUGUGGCUUUCCUGGAUGCCUUCCAGAAGGUGGCAGAUAUGGCAACCAACACCAGAGGGGCCACCAGAGACAUUGGUUCAGCGCUGACCAGGAUGUGCAUGAGGCAUCGCAGCAUUGAGGCCAAACUUCGCCAGUUCACCAAUGCUUUGAUGGAAAGCCUGAUCACUCCCCUCCAAGACAGGAUUGAGGACUGGAAGAAGACAGCCAAUCAGCUGGACAAGGACCAUGCCAAAGAGUACAAGAGGUCACGCCACGAGAUCAAGAAGAAGUCAUCUGACACCAUCAAGCUUCAGAAGAAGGCUCGCAAAGGGCGAGGGGACCUACAGCCUCAGCUGGACAGCGCCAUGCAGGAUGUCACCGACAUGUGCCUGCUGAUGGAGGAGACAGAGAAGCAGGCAGUUCGGCGUGCCCUGGUGGAGGAGAGAGGUCGCUUCUGCACCUUCAUCGGCUUCCUCCAGCCUGUGGUGAACGGAGAGAUCGCAAUGUUGGGAGAGAUCACUCACCUCCAGGCCAUUAUUGAUGACCUCACUGUGCUGACCACGGACCCUCACAAACUGCCCCCUGCUAGUGAACAGGUGAUUAAGGAUCUGAAAGGAUCAGACUACAGCUGGACUUAUCAAACACCUCCCUCUUCUCCAAGCAGCUCUGGCUCCCGCAAGAGCAGCAUGUGCAGCAGCGUGAACAGUGCUCACAGUAGCGCCUCCCGCUCCUCCUCCUCGGGCGGAGGUGGGGUUGGUGGUGGAGUGGGCUCCCAGCCCCACUCACCAACUUCCUCCUCCUCCUAUCGCCACCGCAGCAGCCUGGUCCACCAACCCCCACCACUAGGGGGCGUGGCGGCUCACCGCCUUAGCAGCGUCUCCUCCCAUGACUCUGGCUUCGUGUCGCAGGAUGCCAACGUGUAUUCCAAGCCCCCGUCACCUAUGCCCUGUGACAUCACCAGCCAGAAGUCAUCCAGCUCCGCAUCUUCUGAGGCGUCGGAGACAUGUCAGUCAGUGAGCGAGUGCAGUUCUCCCACCACUGAUUGGUCCAAGGCAGGUCAAUAUGAGCAGCCAGUUGCUGCUGCUGCAGUUCAAAGGAGGAAGGAGCCUCUGGAUAGGCUGAGGGAGAACGAGGCGUCGCCGGGCUCUCAUGGUUACACAGGUGCAGCCCACCCAGACGAUGGACAGAGGGCCAGGAUGACCGCCAUUGCUGCCAAGCACGGAGAGGAGGUUUCCCCUGCAGCGAGUGACCUGGCCAUGGUGUUGACCAGGGGGCUGAGUAUGGAGCAGCAGAAGAGCAGCAGAGACUCACUGCAGUACUCCAGUGGAUACAGCACGCAGACAACCACCCCGUCCUGCUCCGAAGACACCAUCCCUUCACAGGGUUCAGACUAUGAUUGCUACUCAGUUAACGGUGACACAGAAGGCCCAGAUGGACAGACAGAGUUUGACAAGUCUUCCACCAUUCCUCGCCACUCCAACAUUGCCCAGAACUAUCGACGCAUGAUCCAGACCAAGAGGCCAGCAAGCACAGCUGGUCUCCCCAGCGGGGUGCUGGGUCCUGGGGCCCACGUAGGAGUAGGACAGCCUGGGGCUGGUGGAGGUGGAACAGGGACCCCAGGCACUGCGACCAUUCGCCGAACCCCUUCCACUAAACCGGGUGUUCGACGCACUCUUUCCAACACAGGGCCCAUUCCCAUCCGCCCGCCCAUUGUGCCUGUGAAAACGCCCACCAUUCCGGGGGACUCCCACUCGCCCAGUGCAGGUGGUGGGUAUGCAGGUGGUGUGCCCGUGCGUGUGGGCAGCGAGGAGUGUGUGUUCUUCACGGGGGUCGAUGAUGCCCAGGGAGCACUUGAUUAUGUGAAGGCAUCUCCCAAGCGCCUCAGCCUGCCCAACACUGCCUGGGGUUCAGGGGCGGGUUUAGAGGUCUACACGCAGCACCACGGAGUUCAUGGAAAUGUCAUCAUGGGAGCGGGUUCAGGUGGUGGCUCAGAGGAGGAUCAGCUGAUUGCAGCCAAUCGUCACAGUCUGGUGGAAAAGAUUGGCGAACUGGUGGCCAGUGCUCACGCCGUAGGGGAGGGACAGUUCCCUUUUCCAGCCCUCCCAGAUGACCUGACCCUACCCGCGACCAGCUCAGCCGACACACAGACAGGGGCAGACGGUAUAGAAGGUUCUGGAGACAUGCUGACAACUAUCAGGAGAGGAGUCCGGCUUCGCAAGACCGUCUCCAAUGACCGCUCAGCACCACGCAUAUUGUGAUUUAAGGAGAAGCUGGGAGAGGAAGUAACAUGUCAGCCAAUAGAGUCAGGUGUUAUUGUGGUGCAACCAACCACCUAGUACGCACAGACUUACCAUGUAGAGAAAUCUAUAAUAUAACAGAAAAUGAAUGAAAACAAAAACAGAAAUAAAAAAUAACUUUAAAGACGUCAUUAGAGUAAACGCUAUAUCAUGAUAAUAAUGAUAACAAUAACAUUAAUAAUGGUAAUCCAUGCUGAUAAUUAAAGUAAAAUACUGAAUAUUGACAGGCUUAACUCUUAACUCUAGCGUGUGUUGGACGCAUGUUUGUCUUCUUAACACCCUCACCCAGGGACUGAGAGACUCACAAGAAAGACAGAUAGGGGGAAAAAAAAGAGACAAAAAAAAGGAGAGGGAUUCUGUUUGCCACUUCCCCCCCCUCCCUCAUGCCCAAUCUCCAACUAACCCCACCCCCGGGUCCAAGAUGAAGGACAGGUAACUGAGGGAGGGUCUGAACCAAGCAGGUGGAGAGUUUUGUUGUGCUGCUGUCUGGAGAUCAGCCUGCGGAGUCUCAGCAGCAACAUACGUUAGCCCACUGCACUAGAGGUUCGGCAUUAGCACGGGGAGCUAACAUUGCCUGGGAUGCUUUGUGUAUCUCUCCCUGGCACGUUUAGUAUGUAAGAAAGUCUUUAAAAAAACACAGCGUUGGCAUUGAACCGUGCUAGUGCUCCCUCCGGCUCUCUCUCUCUGUCCUGUUAUUGUGUAUGUGCAAGUGUGUGCGUGUGUGUGCGCAUGUUUGUGUGUGUGUGCACGUGUGUGAGGGGCGGGGAGAGCUCUCCUGCAGGACAGCUGGUUACCCAAUGAGGGCAGGGCUUUUCUCCUCUGUGUUGUAUGUUGUAUUUCCUGUUUUUAUUGUGGCGUCAUCACCUUGUUACCACUGUAUGAAAAAUGACAAGAAGUAAUCCAGGCGUAUAAAUAUAUAUAUACAUAUAUAUUCAUAUAUAUUUUCUAGAACCAGAGAGAAAAUGUUAAUAAGAAAUGGAGCAAUAAAUGUGUUUUAUUUUCCUGUUUCAAAGAGGAGGGUUGAUGGACGCUUGUAGUACUUUAGGUUUAGGUUCCCCUUUGUCUUUAUAACAUUCAGGCAAUCAUUUGAGAAUGCAAAAUGACAUAUGGACUGUGAAUUCAUGUCUGGCCUCUAUGGCUUCUUUUAGCUUUCUGCUCUCUC